CGUUGUUAAUCCAUUUGAAAGAGGUUGUAUUUUUCUGGUAGUGCCGCGAAAGGCCAAAGCAAAGUGGAAGAAAAUGAAAAUCACAAAAUCGCCAAUUCCUCAAUUCAUUCAUAUAAAGCCCAAAUUCGCUUUUUUUAUUCAUUUCCUUCUCACUUUAAUCUCUAAUCAUCACCCUUCGCCAACGUGAUUCUUCAAAAUCAUUGCGUUUUGAGUUCAUUCGGCUGCGUUUCAUCUGCUCUAAGUUCUUUCGCCGAAUCCCCAAAUUCACAUUGCUGAACAUGCUUCUUCUUAGGCGAAUUCAUCGUUUCUGAGCUCUCUGCUGCAUCAAUGGGUCUCAUUAGUAGUAGCAACAACAAACGCCACCAACAGUGCAUGAAUUUGAAUCGCAUGUAUCCGUCUCCGAGUUCCUCAGAUUCCCGCACAUUAAAAAGAGCUAAGUUCCAAUCAACGAGCAUGAACUCAACUCCCACUAGUACUGGUUCAAGAGUUUCCCGGUACCCAAAUGCAGUGCUACCGUUGCAUAGGGAGGUUCACGCUCCUUGCAGAUCCAAAAAGUUCGGUCUUUUGAAUAUUUCAGGAACUCAGAAGGAGAUUGGUAAGGGUAGGGGCAAUGAUGCGUUGCAUCACAAGUACCGCGUGUACCAGCAGGCGAAGGAUUCUGCACUUGCUUGCAUUCGAUUAUUUGAAAAGCGCAAGGAGGCGGCGCAAGUUUACACUGCUGGUCGCAACAAGGAGGUUUAUGUCAUAGAAGAUGAUGACGAAGAAGGACCAUCUAUGGUGACAGAACAGAGUUUGAAAGGGAUGCAUGAUUUUGAUGCUAAGGAUGUUGUAGGAUUUUUGCAGCAAUCAACUCCUUUGGUUUCUGAGUCCAUAAAUAGUAAUUUGAAUGUGGUUUAUGCUGAGAGGAUGCUGGACACUCUAUCCUUAAGCCCCGAGCAUCCGAAGAAGGAACCACUUGUAGAGCUAGUGUCACUGAAACCUUUUGUUCCUCUUACAAAGGAGGAAGAAGAUGAGGUUGCACGUGCCUUUUCUGCUGACAGGAAGAAGGUUUUGGUCACUCAUUAUAAAUCCAACAUUGAGAUCACAGGCGGAACGUUUCAGUGCCUCAGGCCGGGUGGAUGGUUAAAUGACAAGGUCAUAGAUUUGUACCUGGUACUUCUGAAAGAGAGGGAGAGAAGGAAGGCAAAGAAUUCUCUCCAAUGUCAUUUUUUCAGUACCUUUUUCUACACAAAGUGGCAGUUGAUAAGUGGGAAGAAUGGUUAUGAUUUCAACUCUGUAAGGAGAUGGACCAGUCAAAAGAAACUGGGAUACAUCCCCCAUGAAUGCGAUAAAAUAUUUGUACCUAUUCAUCGAACGUCUCAUUGGUGUUUGGCUGUCAUCAAUCAAAAAGAGAAAAAAUUCCAGUAUCUUGACUCUCUGAGAGGAAAAGAUACCCAAGUGCUGGAAGUGCUGGCUAGGUAUUUUGUAGAUGAAGUAAAGGACAAGACUGGAAAAGACACCGAUGUAAGUUCUUGGGAGAAAGAAUUUGUCAAAGACCAUCCUAAACAAUUGAAUUGGUGUAUUGAGGAUUGGACUGACCAAGUGACUAUCAGGAUUCUGGAUUCCAACCAGCGGGUUGUGAAAGGAGCAGUUGAUGUAGACAUUGGUGAAGAUGAGGAGGGUGUUGAUGACCAAGCUCAGAAGGUUGUUGACACAUUCAGUUUCUCGAUGAACACAAACAAGCUCUCUUCAAAAACAAGUAAAUUUCCCCUCUCUAACAUCUCUGAUCUUCAGUUGUAA